AUGGAUUCCAAUAUAUCAACUUUAAUAAUUAUCAACUUCAACUCAAAAACUUUCACUACUAGUAAGCGUGGAAGCAAAGCUAUGUGGGACCAAGUCAACAAGAUUAGAGACUCUGACAAAAUAUUCAACACGUCAACCUCACAGCAAAUUGAUGCCAACACACUCAACACCCACCCCCUUCGCUUCCACGUCAACCGACCCGUCCUACAAAACUCCACCAACAAAAGCAACAACAAUCAAUCGUCGUCAACAUCAACAAUUUACCCCAUACUCCGUCCUUCAUUUGCUAACGAAGGCCUGUCCAUCCGGUACAGAUAUUAUAUGGUGGAUGUAAUGAUUAUCUGCUUGGUCGUUGAAGUCAGUGUCAUCGAGUUCGAAAGCAUACCAUGCUGUUCAUCCCAAAGACCAUCAUAUGGUCGCUUAUUUGAUGCAAUGGCAAAAAGAAAUGGUAGCAUAUGUCUAUAA